AUGGAAAACAAAUUCAAGCCCAGCACUAGCUCACCUCUCCGCUUCAUUUUAUACACCAUCUUCCUAUCCACAGCAAUAAUAUCAACAUUCCUCCUCCUAGCCCACAAAGAACUCCUCCCCUUCCUCGCCCCCGUCCAAAACCUCAUCGUCUACCAAAUCUGUCCCGAAGCCCACGACCACAUCAGCGGCGCCCCCCAAGCCCCUCCAAGCGAGUUCCACCCCAAGAUCUUCACCCCCAUCCCCGCGCUCGAAGCCGCACUCGGAGACCCCGAGGAUGUAGACUGGGAUGAAUAUCUUCUCACUCCUAACGGCGGUUUCAUCAUGGUGGAUGAAGGAGAGGGGGUUACGAAGGGGUAUGGAGUGACCAUGUUUCAUCAAUUGCAUUGUUUGGGUAUGAUCAGGACGAUGUUAUUUGGGGGACCGAUGAAUCAUGAUCAUGAGGUGCAGGGGGCGGAGUGGUCGAAAAAUCCGUUGCAUUUUUUGCAUUGUUUGGAUUAUAUUGCGCAGGGAAUUAUAUGCACAGCCGAUGAUACCCUUGAAGUUCCUAAACCCACGACCAACGCUAUGGGCAAAGUGGUGGAUGGGAUAGAUGGUAUGGGUCAUGAGCAUCAAUGUCGCAAUGCCAGUGCUCUGAGAGAAAAAGUGCUUCUUAGUGAAAGUAAGCCGGUUUGGAGAGCAGCUCUUGGUCGGACUAGUGUUUUUAGUCAUCGUGCUAUUCCCGUAACCUGA